CCAUCAUUCAAGUCGUGCGCGCGCGCUGAACAACAAGAGAGAAAGCUGAACCAAACAGAACUUUGCGGGUUCCACGAAGAGAUCGUCCCCAGUCGAACGAACGAAACGAAAGUGCGAGGUCGAGUCAAGUCAGCGGGACUUGACAGUGAAUAGUGAGAUUAGACGCGCGUGAAGAAGAAGCUUAGAACUAUGUGUCUCCACAAGAUGAUGCUGGAACACAGUGCGGCCAGCCGGAUAGGCACCAGCCAUCAGCUGUUUAGUGAGCGUUUGGUCGCUGAUGAGAAGCUGGUCAUGGAGCAGAAGUCGUGCUGCGUGGCAGAAACGACGUCGGCGACGGAGGAGAAGCAAGCCGUGAAAGAAGUUGUUGAGGCAGAGGAGCAGGUCUACCAGGAUGCCCUCGUGGGGGCAACCCAGGCCACCCGGAAGCUGGUGGAAAGCUGCAAGCAGUUGACGAGUCAGUUCCGGCGCAGUACUGCGUACAAAAUCCUCACCCGCACCACGCAACCGUCGCAUGCCAUCACCCUGGUGUUUGUCUCCUUCAUCCUGCUGGUACUCUGGCCGAACAUAGUAGGCCAACCUUCAACCAAUGCAUCGCCGGCGAAACCCGUCGCCCAGCGACCCAGCGUCUUCGUAUCGCUCGCCUACUUUGGUUCCUUCGCGAUGCACUUCGGCGCCCAGAUGUGGAUGACCUUCGUGUCGGGCCUAGCCCUGUACUUUAACCUGCCCCGGCACACCUUCGGCCGCGUCCAGGAGAUCCUCUUCCCCAAGUACUUCUCCAUGGGCGCCGGCCUGUCCGCCGUCACCCUCAUCACCUUCAUCAAGCUGCAGCAAACGGCGCACCCGGAACUCACCAGCGCCUCCUUCCACAGCUGGGACCCCCUCCUGCUCCUCCAGCUCGUCUCCCUGGCCCUGUGCGCCGCCCUCGAGCUCAUCGUAUGGCUAUACCUAGCCCCACCCAUGCUACGCCUCAUGCACCAAAAGUACCACUUCGAAGCCAGCGAAACCGUCGGCCAGGAGGUCGGCCAUUUUGCCGGAGCGGAAAACGCCCAGCUCCAGCGCUCCCUGCACUUCAAGUCCGUGCACAAGCGCUUCCGGCAGAUCCACAUGACGACGGCGAUGGCCAACAUGGUCGCGCUGGCCUGCACCUUCGUUCACCUGCACUUUCUCGCGUCACGCGUCGAGAUGUUGUAAGGGCCGCCAUUUUGUGGUGUAGACUGAUCAGAGUAGGCGAAGCCAAAGUAUUACAAUUCCAGCUGUUUUGUUUUCGAGCAGUAUUAUGCGACUGUGCGCACGGAGGGAAACGCUUGUGCAGAGAGAGAAUCUAGUCGUGUUGAAAAGAAGAGUUCCGCCAGGGAAAGGUUAGUUUUUGAGGUGUUGAGGUUAGGAAGACUGAGUGUGGGAAAAUGCACUAUAAAUCUACUUCAGAUCCCGGAUUAUUUUUGUCAAUUGAGGGGUAAGGUCGAGAGGCGAGCAGAGCGCGAAUUUUGACGAUUAUGAGUGUGUUAAGUGACCGUUUUGAGAUGUGUAGUCUAAUGUUAGCCUAUUUAUCGCAAUUUUCGAAAGUUCUGUGUUAAACGCAAUAAACAAAAAAUCAACGAAAACAGGGAGACGAGAAUAAAAGAUCUGAAGUAGUGUUCCUAGCAAAUACGUUUUUAUUAGAGUGUUAGUCAUUAGUUAGUGCAAAAAUUUCAGUCGCGCGUUGUUUUAACUACUAGUUUGUAUAGCCCAAAAUGCCAUUUAUGUAACCGCGCUGAUUAUUUAUUUUAAUCCAAUCUUGUUAGUAGAAAAACAAAAAUUAAACAGCUUAUGUAAUAGCUAAAAGCACGAAUUUAUAUGAAAAAAGACGGGGACCACCCUAAUAGUACUAAUAAAAUAUAACCGAAGCAAAUAAGCGAAACAAAUGCUUAAAAUCAGA